AUGUAAUGAAGUUUUCAGGGCAGGAUUUUUCUGCAGAAUAAGAUUUGGUCUUCUUAAGAAUUGUCUUUACAAAUGUUUGGAGCAAUUGUUUGAAGACUCCUUAAUCUUUUAAAUGGUAGCUUACAAAUGAUUUGAAGUAUUGGUUCUUUCCGAGACUCACCAGCUUAUUUCUUACAAAAGUUCUAUCUUGCUGCUUGUUCAGGAAACAGAACCAGGCCACAUAGAAAACACUGUGAUCAUACCAGAGAGUUUAAAAAGGAACAGGUGCUACACCUUGAUUCAUCUGCACAAGAAAAAUGGGCUGUGAUCGGAACUGUGGUCUCAUUGCUGGGGCUGUUAUUGGAGCAGUCCUGGCUGUGUUUGGAGGUAUUCUAAUGCCAGUUGGAGACAUGCUUAUUGAGAAGACAAUUAAAAAGGAAGUUGUCCUUGAAGAAGGUACAAUUGCCUACAAAAACUGGGUUAAAACAGGCACAGAUGUUUACAGACAGUUUUGGAUCUUUGAUGUACAAAAUCCUCAGGAAGUGGCAGUGAACAGCAGCAACAUCAAGGUUAAACAAAGAGGUCCUUACACUUACAGAGUACGUUUUCUAGCUAAGGACAAUAUAACUCAUGAUUCUGAAGACAAUACCGUGUCUUUUGUGCAGCCCCAUGGGGCCAUCUUUGAGCCUUCAAUGUCGGUUGGAACAGAGGAUGAUACCUUCACGGUUCUCAAUCUAGCUGUGGCAGCUGCCCCACAUAUCUAUCAAAAUGCAUUUGUUCAAGUGGUUCUCAAUUCUCUUAUCAAAAAGUCAAAGUCUUCCAUGUUCCAAACAAGAACUUUGAAAGAACUGUUGUGGGGCUAUAAGGAUCCGUUCUUGAGUUUGGUUCCAUACCCUAUUUCUACUACAGUUGGUGUAUUUUAUCCUUACAAUAAUACUGCAGAUGGAGUUUAUAAAGUGUUCAAUGGAAAGGACAAUAUAAACAAAGUGGGCAUAAUUGACUCUUAUAAAGGGAAAAGGAAUUUGUCCUAUUGGCCAAGCUACUGUGACAUGAUUAAUGGUACAGAUGCAGCCACAUUUCCACCUUUUGUUGAGAAGUCUCAAGUACUACAGUUCUUUUCUGCUGACAUUUGCAGGUCAGCCUAUGCUAUAUUUGGAUCUGAGAUUGAUCUGAAAGGAAUCCCUGUGUAUAGAUUUGUUCUUCCAGCCAAGGCCUUUGCAUCCCCAGUACAAAAUCCAGACAACGAAUGUUUCUGCACAGAAAAAAUUAUCUCCAAAAAUUGCACAUCAUAUGGUGUUCUGGACAUCAGCAAAUGUAAAGAAGGAAAACCUGUGUACAUUUCACUGCCUCAUUUCCUACAUGGAAGUCAUGAUCUUUUAGAACCUAUUGAAGGCUUGAAUCCAAGUGAAGAAGAACACAGUACAUUCUUGGAUGUGGAACCAAUAACUGGAUUCACUUUACAAUUUGCAAAACGGUUACAGGUCAACAUAUUGGUCAAGCCAGCAAAAAAAAUUGAAGCAUUGAAGAGUCUGAAGAGGCAUUAUAUUAUACCUAUACUUUGGCUCAAUGAGACUGCUACCAUUGGUGACGAGAAAGCGAAAAUGUUCAGAAGUCAAGUUACAGGAAAAAUAAAACUUCUUGGCCUGGUAGAAAAAGUGUUACUCAGUGUUGGAGUGGUAAUGUUUGUUGCUUUUAUGAUUUCAUAUUGUGCAUGCAGAUCAAAGAGAGUAAAAUAAGUAUCAGAUGAGCCUACUUUUACACACCAGCUAUAUCAAGUCCUUUGAUAACACCACUCUACAAAACAGAAUCCAUAUCUGCUGUGUUUUUACAAAACACACCUAUCUUAGCUGAAGAAAUAGUGGUGCUCAUUGUCUCUCUAUGUAUUUAUAUCUAUCUCUAAUCUAACUAUAUCUUUUUUUGUACUAAGCCUCAACAUAUUUCAUAAUAACAUUAAGAUAAACCUAAACUCUAUAUUUUAGACAGAACCAACAAUUUGAAAAAUA